GAAGCCCAUGAGUGGCUGCUGAGCAAGGUUCUCGAGCGCCUGCCGAUCUUCGACGCUCUGCCCCUCCGCGCAGCCAGCCGAGGCUCGCGAAUCUUAGCAGAGACAACUGCUGCUGCACUGCUGUCCGAGCGGACUCGACCUCCAUCGCCGUGCCGGCAGGCCCCUCAGCUGCUUAGAGCGCUGGCGCAGGCGCAUGCCCCGCCACGCUUGAUCUGCAUCGGCGGUUACAACUCGAACUGGAAUAGGCAUGAGCCCGUGACACAAGACGCAGAUGCCAACGGCUGCGAGACAUCGGCAGAAGUAGUUUGUUCACUCACAGGUGACUCUGUCAGCAGCCGCUGGCGUUGCAUGCUGCCCCCGAUGCAGCAUCAUCGAGCUGACCUCGCUGUUGCUUCAGGUGGCCUGGCCUCAACUACGCUCUUCGCCUUGGGAGGGCGCCACGGGGAAUCGAGACACGUCUCUGUCGAGAGGUUGGACCUCCUCAGUUGGCAGCUCCGUGGCGAGGGCUGGCAACCAAUGCCACCGAUGCUGUUCGGCCGAUCCGGGCUGGCCGCAGCCGUCCUUGGCGACGGCCUCAUCGUAGCAGGCGGCCGUGGGCACCAUGGAGUACUAAGGGAGGUGGAAUAUUGCAGCUUUGCCGGUGAGAGCUUCACAGCCUUGCCGCCUUUGGCUGAACCACGAGAAUAUGCAGCGGCUACCACCAUCGGCUCAGAAUUUUGGGUGCUGGGUGGUGGCGAGACAGGUCGGAGUAGUUCGGUGGAAAUCUGGGACGCUGAAGUUGGAAGUUGGCGUACUGGUCCUGAGCUCAGGGAACGCCGAUAUGGUGCAAGUGCCGUGUGGCAUGAUGGCAGAGUGGUUGUCGUCGGAGGCAGCCAUCAUUUUAGAAAGCGCAAGCUCACGACGCUGGAGUGCCUGGAUCCACGAGAGGGAGUUUGGCAGUCCUACGACCUGAAGGCGUUGGACGGUCCUGGAUACCAGUCGUCUCUUUGGGGGUGUGGGGUCGCAGCUUAUGCUAACUCACUGUUUAUUGCUGGCGGUGCAUUUCGGGAGUCAGAAGAGUCCCUGAGUGCCAUCUACAGCCUUGACCUGCGCACGUUUGACCUCCGCCCCCUGGGAUCCGUGAUUGCAGGGCCCAGCAGCCAUGGGCAGCUGCAGGUACCAAGAUGGUGUGGGGGAGCUUGCAUAGUUUGA